AUGCAAACCGUUCCACAACGCAACCGUAGCCAAUCUCUAUUUGAGGGCAGUCAGUUUGCUCCCUCUACUUCGCCAACUACGUCGAGCACACUGUCGAAAAUGUUAAAAUCCGAGCCGAUUCCGUGUUUGAGAUGUGGAAACGUCGGAAGUCCGACUGGUUCCGUCCCGAUGUCUUUACACAAGGUUUCAUCAAUCAACCGGUCAGCAGGCACCAAUCCAGCAUCCCGAGGAGGUGAAUCAUCGUUGGAACUGGAAGCGAUUGCCGCUGUUCAUGAGCUCUCCUUUGCUGUCUCCUCGAUUAGUGUAUCCGAAAUGCUUCCACGUACUCCUGAUCUCAUUUUUGUCAAUGUCACAACCCUCGAGUCCCAACCAUACUGCCUAGAGCUCACACUCAAAGGUUGGAGAAUCACAAGUCUUCGAUCGGAUUGUAUGGUUGGAGAUUUCACGAGACUAGAGUUGUUUACAAAGUACUACGACAGUUUGUACCUUCUGAUGGACGACAUCUCACCAGGAUACAGAGAGCGAUUCAGUGAGAAAUUGGUGCAAAGAUUGAAACUUAUUGAGGCUGGCGAGGAAGACCAAGUCGCUCCAUGUGGAUCUCUUCAAUCUCCUCCACUCUCCGGGUCCUCUUCAAAAUCUUCAGAUUCUCACUACUCUUCAACGGAUUCUCUUCCAAUUGUCACCCCAGUCAGCACGCCAGCCAUCGAUCCGGAUUUUAAGCCGGCGUUUAAUUAA